GCAAAAACUUUAUUAGCUUCUAUUUCAUAUGAUUCUCGAUGUAAGAAAUAAGAAGACGAAAUAAGACUGAUCAAGAAAUGGAACAGCACUGUUGUGGAAAUUUUUAAGAAAAUGCAAGCGAUGUAAAAUCAUUUUUGUAUUUAUCUCUAAUCAGUAUUACUACGUAAAUCGUAUACAUUUGCUUUGUUAUCCGGUUAAGUGCGUGGUACAUAAAAAAGAAGCCCAACAAUGUCGUCGUAUGACACGAUAGUGGUAGGCAUGGGAGCGGCCGGAACGACAGCCGCCUCCAUCCUCGCUAAGGCAGGCAAGAGAGUGCUGGGAUUGGAAGCCCAGAAUCGAGUCGGGGGGCGAAUCAAUACCGUGCCGUUUGGAGACGGCGUUGUGGAGUUAGGAGCUGAAUGGAUGCACGGCACCAAGCCAAACACAGUCUACGACUUGGCCGUCCAGAACAACGUGACCGUGCUACCUCAAGACAUAUCGAUGGAGGUGUACAUGUCUGAUGGAUCGUUAGCCAAUAAGGAACUGGUGAAUGAGCUGACUGAAUUCUGUCUCCAAGUCGUGGAUGAGCCGCCGCCGACUCCACAACCGCUGGGGCAGUAUAUCACUAAGAGACUGAUGGACUACAUUAAGGACAAGCACCCAACAUUACUAAAAGAUCAAGGCUUCAUAAACGAGUUCCUAGCGUUCAUGGACCUCAUGAUAGACAACUAUGAGGCCACAGACACGUGGAACGAUAUAACCACUGAGAGCAAGUACCGGGAGCUGGACGGACACCAGCAUAUGAGCUGGAACAAGAACGGGUAUAAGACGCUGUUUGAGAUCUUAUUGAAUACAUACAAUAACGGGCCUGGCCUACCAACGCUCACAAUCAAACUAAACACAGAGGUCUCUCAAAUAGUUUGGCCACAGGACCCGUCGCAGAAAGUUAUAGUCAAAAGCAAAGAUGGCGCCGAGUACUCAGCUGAUAAUGUCAUUGUGACAGUGUCAGUUGGGGUCUUGAAGGAAAGACACACAACAUUGUUCACACCACGUCUCCCAUCUGCCAAAGUUUCCACCAUCAACUCAAUAUCGCUGGGUGUAGUAGACAAAAUCAUUUUAUUGUUCCCUCAUUCGUGGUGGCCGAAAUCCAAUAGUGCGUUUCACGCGUUCAUAUGGAGGACUGAAGAUAAGAAGAAAAUAAAUGAUUGGACCACGAAGAUAUUGGGCGCGAGCUCGCCCAUGGGGUGUGAUACGGCUCUGACGCUGUGGACUAAUGGGGAAACCUCUAGAUUGGUAGAAACACUCCCAGAUGACGUGGUGAAGAGGAAAGCCAUGGAACUUCUAAGACGGUUCAUGGGAGCCAACGUCACCAUUCCGGAGCCCAUCAGUAUGUUGAGAUCGUCCUGGUAUUCGAACCCGUACACCCGCGGCAGUUAUACCUACGACAACCUCUCCUCUCCCUCCCACCCCACCGCGCGGGAAGACUUAGCCGCGCCCUUGAGCGACUCAUCCGGAAGGCCGCGGGUUCUGUUCGCGGGAGAGGCGACAGAAACGAACCACUUCUCGACCGUACACGGCGCCGUUGAUUCUGGGAGGAGGGAGGCGGCGAGACUGCUGCCGAGCAGUAAGAUUUGAUGUGCUGGGGUGUGUUAUACCCCGGGGUGUUUUACCCCAGUUGGGUUGAUUUUGUGUUACCCAGCUGGGGUGAAAAUACCUUAGGUCGCCUAUGCAAACCAACUGGGGUGUAUUAUACCCCGGGGUGUUUUGGACCCCAGUUGGGUUGAUUUUAUUGGUAUCACAUAUAAUCAACCCAACUGCUGGGGUAAAAAAUACCUUAAUGCUCGUUUUCACCAUCAACCCCUAAUUUUUAAGUGACCCCUAUGUAAACAAAAUUCCUGUUAUUUGUUACCAUAGGGGUCACUUAAAAAUUAGGGGUCACUUAAAGACUUAGCCGCCCCCUUGAGCGACUCAUCCGGAAGGCCGCGGGUUCUGUUCGCGGGAGAGGCGACAGAAACGAACCACUUCUCGACCGUACACG